UUGCUUGAUAAAGCUGAAAAAAAUGGAGCAAAAUCUAAUAAGCCAAUAAAGAAACGGUCACGUAUUAUAUUAGAUAAUUUAUCUAAUGAUGAGGAGUCUGAUUUUGAAACUGAAACAGAUAUUAAUAUCGAGCCAUCACAUGAAUAUGAAAAUGAAAUAAUUCCUAUUCAAAACCAAAAUGUUUUGGACAAUUAUAUUUUUCAUCCAUUAACAACAUCUCAAAUAUCUAAACUUGAAGAAUUUUUAUUAGAAGUAUUAGGAAGACGAAUUCUUAAAGAAGCAACUGAGAAGGUAUUAGUAAAUUUACUUGAUAGUGCAAAAAAUGAUCCAUUGGGUAUAAUACUUGCUUUUGAUGGCUGGAAAAAUGUAUCUCGACAACAUCUUCUAGCAAUUGAUUGUAAAGGGAAAAGAGAAACCGGAGAUAAUAUUAUGCAAAUUACUGAAAAGCUUUUUAUUGAACUUCAACAAAUGGAUAUUAAAGUUAAUG